UCCACAGAUCAUAGAGGAAGAAGAAGAACCAGAAACUCAACAGAACAAACAAGAAGAACCAGAACCUUCACAGAUCAACAAAGGAGAACCAGGACUUCAUCAGUUUAAGGAGGAGCAGGGGGAACCAAAAUCCUCACAGAUUGAGGAACACGAGGAACUCAGUACCAGCCAGAAGGGAGAACAGUUUGAUUGUGAAACCUUGAAGGUUCCUUCUGUUGAGGAUCACAGUGAUCUGAGUGAACUAGAAGUACCAGAGACUGAGCGGUUCCCCUCUCAGGACUCUGAAGUCCACCAUGAGAAAAGACACAUGGACUCAGAAUCAACUCCAAACGCGAAGCUGAAAAAACUCAAGGUGUUUCAUAAAAAGAGUGCGAACAAUUUUGAUGUUUCAGAGAAGCAGGCUGAAUGUGAAAAGCUUCUUUCUGAAGAAACGUGUGAGAAAACUGACCAUGAAAAACAUCGGUUAUGUCCGAAGGUCAGAGUGGUCACUGCUGAGAAGAUACUUUAUGAAACAUGCGGGAAAAGUUUCAGUCAACCGAGUCAUUUGUUGGUCCACAAGAGAACUCGCAGAGGUGGGAAGCCUCAUUCUUGUGAAACAUGUGGCAAAAGUUUCAAGAAACCGAGUCUUUUGUUGCGCCACAUGACAGUUCACACAGGUGAGAAGCCAUAUUCUUGUGAAACAUGUGGCAAAAGUUUCAGUCAACAGAGUUAUUUGUUGGUCCACAAUAGAACUCACACAGGUGAGAAGCCAUACUCUUGUGAAACAUGUGGCAAAAGUUUCAGUCAAUCGAGUCGUUUGUUGGUCCACAAGAGAAUUCACACAGGUGAGAAGCCUCAUUCUUGUGAAACAUGUGGCAAACGGUUCAUCGAACGGAGUGAUUUGAAGGUCCACAUGAGAACUCAUACAGGUGAGAAACCUUAUUCUUGUGAGACAUGUGGCAAAAGUUUUGGCCAUCAGAGUUAUUUGUUGGUUCACAUGAGAAUUCACACAGGUGAGAAGCCUCAUUCUUGCGAAACAUGUGGCAAAAGGUUCAGUGAACGGCGUGAUUUGAAGGUCCACAUGAGAACUCACACAGGUGAAAAGCCUUAUUCUUGUGAAACAUGUGGCAAAAGCUUUGGCGGACAGAGUAAUUUGUUGUGCCACAUGAGAAUUCACACAGGUGAGAAGCCUCAUUCUUGUGAAACAUGUGGCAAAAGUUUUGCCCGACAGAGUCAUUUACUGUGCCACAUGAGAACUCACACAGGGGAGAAGCCUCAUUCUUGUGAAACAUGUGGCAAAAGGUUCAGUCAACAGCGUGAUUUGAAGGUCCACAUGAGAACUCAUACAGGUGAGAAGCCUUAUUCUUGUGAGACAUGUGGCAAAAGUUUUGGCAAUCAGAAUUAUUUGUUGGUCCACAUGAGAAUUCACACAGGUGAGAAGCCUUAUUCUUGUGCAACAUGUGGCAGAAGCUUUGGCCAACAGAGUAGUUUGUUGUCCCACAUGAGAACUCACACAGGUGAGAAGCCUCAUUCUUGUGAAACAUGUGGCAAAAGGUUCAGUCAACAGUGUGAUUUGUUGCGCCACAUGAGAAUUCACACAGGUGAGAAGCCUCAUUCUUGUGAAACAUGUGGCAAAAGUUUUGCCCAACUGAGUCAUUUGUUGCGCCACAUGACAGUUCACACAGAUGAGAAGCCUCAUUCUUGUGAAACAUGUGGCAAAAGUUUUGGCCUUCAGAAUUAUUUGUUGGUCCACAUGAGAACUCACACAGGUGAGAAGCCUCGUUCUUGUGAAACGUAGGAAAAGGUUCAGUUCAUAGAGCACACAUUUCAGUUUGUGGUCUGUCACAAUGAAUGUGAACUUUCAAGAAAUGCAAAUAAAAUGUUGAUGUGAACCAAUGGGUUUUAUUCUUUGCAGUUUCUUUUUCAUUGGACUGAGUCGUAAUUGAACUUUUCACUCCUUAAAGCUCACUUCCAUGCAACACAUGACUGCUGAUCAGUGUUGGGUAUGAAUGCGUUAUUACUAAUGGUGUUAUGUAACGGCGUCACUUUUUUCAGUAACGAGUAACGUAACGCGUUCUUUUUUUAAUUCAGUAUCUCCGUUUCCAUAACCAAACAUUGUAUUACUCCGUUCCUUUUGGCGAGGUUUCAUACAUUUUCAUUGCAAUGGCGCACCGUUCCUGUAAC